UGGACGCCACGGCUCUUCACCAGAUAACUCAGGGACGUUUUAUUUCUCAGCCAUGGAGAACAGAAAACUUCAAACUGAGAAGUUAGAAAACAGAAAGCUGCUGAGAAACCUUCAAUUUUGGACUUUAGUCACCUUUCUGUCGUCUUCCUCGCCACCAGCUGCAGGUCAGAUCAGGUUAGCCGGUCCCGGGUCGACCCGGUGCUCGGGGAGGGUUGAACUCCUCCGUAACGGGUCCUGGGGGACGGUGUGCGACCGCGGCUGGGACCUGGCCGACGCCCGGGUGGUGUGCAGGCAGCUGGGCUGCGGGCUGCCGACCACCGCCACCCUGUCGGCCGCGUUCGGACCGGGAGUCGGACCCGUCUGGCUGAGCGACGUGGGCUGCUCGGGGACUGAGAGCGCUCUGACUCAGUGUUCACAUGGAGGACUGGGGUCAGCCAGCUGUGACCACGGUGAGGGCGCCGGCGUCGUCUGCUCAGGAGUUCAGAUCAGAUUAGCAGGAUCGACUUUGUGCUCCGGGCUGGUUGAAAUUCACCACGGCGGCGUUUGGGGAACAGUCUGCGACCACGACUGGGGACUGGCCGAGGCCGCGGUGGUCUGCAGGCAGCUGAACUGCGGGGCGGCGCUGAACGCCACCCGGUCUGCCUCCGUCAGACGAGGAGCUGAGAGGAUUCAGCUGCACGACGUGACCUGCUCAGGCGGCGAGGGCUCCCUGACGCAGUGUCGGCACAGCGGCUUCGGAAAACACGAGUGUCUCCACGACGAGAACGCCGGAGUCGUCUGCUCAGUGAAUUUUUCAAAGCCGAGCAUUUCCAUCACUCCUGCUGGGGGAACCUUCAUCCUGAAGAAAACGUCCGACUCAUUCACAAGGACGGAAACCUCAAAUUCCAGCUGCGUGACCUUCCGUUUCCCCGGAGUGGACUUCAGCGACGAGGGUCUGUACUACUGCCAGUACCAGGAAAGGAGCUCCGCUCUCGAAAUGAACUCUCCACCAAGUGACUCCAUCAGGGUUAACGUCACCGUGAGACUGGAAAGGCCCAACAUCUCCUUCUCAUGUCUUGGCAAUGGCCUGGUGUGGGGUCCCAGUGCUGCAGAGGUCACCGGGGGUCACGGCUUUGUAUUAACUUGCAGCAUCACCUCCGGAUAUCCCCACGGUCGCUUCUUCCUCAUCUCCUCCAGGAACGGCGUGGCGGCCAGCAGGCCGGCCGUCAACAGCUCGGCCUCCUUCCACUUCCCGGCGGCUCGGCGCUCACACCAGGACAGCUACGCCUGUGUGUACCAGGUGGAGCUCUCCAGGCAGAGGUUCAACUCCACUGCGGCUGCACCCAUCAGGGUCAUCAUCAGGGUGUCUCUGCUGCUGCCAGUCACCCUGGCAGCUUCCGGGGUCCUGCUGCUGCUCCUGGCCGUCCUGUCGGCCGUCUGUCUGGUCUACAGAAGAAGACGACUAACUGAGAAGUCUUCAACUCCCAUGGCCUUCAGAGUCAGGAACAGUCACCAAGACGACGAGGUGGAGUACGUCAACGUUGACCUGGUGAGGAGCAGGACGAGCGUGAAAGAGAGGAUGAGGAGGAGGAAAGAGGAAGAGCAGGAUUAUGAAGAGCCACUGAAGCAGGGAGAACAUGGUUAUGAGGAGGCGGGAACCAGUCUGGAUUCCAUGGAGGCCAGAUCGGUCUGUGAUGAAGAGCAGAGCGAGGAUGGAAACCAAUACGAGAAUAUCAUUUAUCUGAUGGACAAGAGAGGACACGAUGAAGAUGAAGACGAGAUAUAUCUGAGCAUUUAAGGCCCAAUCCCGUUUCUCUCUCUUGCCCUCCCCCUUGGCCCUACCUCUUUGAAACAGUGCUAAGGGGUAGGGCCGAAAGUAAACCCCUCCGAAUUGGAACACCCGUUUGACAAUCGCGUACGUCAUCAGUAGUCACCGCUGUCGAUGACGUAGGCAGAUGCGACAAUUGUUUACCGAAGAAGAAUGUUUUUCUUAGAUUUCUAAACUUUAAUGAUUGAGAAAAUACUUACAUUUAUGAACUUCUGUAUUGCGGAUGCUGCCAUCUUGCCGAUCUUGCAAGACUUUCUGGGAAAUCUGC